GUGAGGAUUGCACCAUUUUCAUCUUGGAAGUUUCAAAGAUUAUUAUUUCUCAUAGGUUGAAAAUAUUCAAGUUGCAGAAAGUUGACAGCCAUUGAAGCUGCUGCAAAUUCCCAGUUCAGGUUAUUUAUGGCUUCUACAUAUCAAACACAUUUGGUCCUGCCUAUAAUUUUUUUGGUCGUCAUUUUAGGUUCAAAUUUCAUUGCAGGACAAACACUAGAAACCAAUGGCUUUGAUCCAGGCACUGAUUUGCUUGAAACAAACAAUGUUUCACAGUCAGAUGACACUGUGAGAGUUGAUCCUCUAGACAAUUUCAAUAAAUACAGAGGAGGAUAUGACAUCACCAACAAACACUACUGGAGUUCAACUAUUUUUACAGGAGUUCAUGGGUAUGCUAUUGGGGUGCUCUGGCUUCUAGCUGGAAUUAUAUAUGGAAGCUUUCUUCUAGCAAAUGCCUAUUGUUGUAAAAGUAGAAGGAAACAAAAGCACAAGAAGAAAAACUUGCCUUGCAAUAAACAAUGUUUUCUUUGGCCUAUUUUCUUGGCUAUUCUUUUCACUAUCUUUGCCGUAACUGCAUCUGGGUUAGUUCUUGGAGGCAAUGUAGAAUUUCAUUCAAGAGCAAGAACUGUGGUGAACAUCAUCAUUGACACAGCAGAUGAUGCAUCAGGAACAAUAUAUAACACAACUGGACCAAUGAAAGAAAUAAGAGAUAAUCUACAAUCCUCUAAUGAAAGUUCGGAACAAGCUUCUAGCUUCCUUACCUCCACAUCACAGAAACUCGACGAUCAAGCUGCUGAUAUCGAAAGGCAAGCUCGGAAAAACAGGCGUCUUAUCGAGAAAGGCCUCAAGAUAGUGUAUGUAAUAACAACUGUCACAGUCUCCCUGAACCUGGCUGCUGUGGUUGCUCUUUCAGUCUGUGGAACACUUCGCCUUCGAAGAGCUCUCAACCUUCUUAUUAUAGUAUGUUGGAUCCUGACAACUCUAUGCUGGAUGUUCUUUGGGGUGUAUUUCUUCUUAGGAAAGUUCUCAGGAGACACCUGCACAGCUCUUGAAAACUUCCAGAAGGACCCCUAUAACAACAGCUUGAGUUCGAUCCUUCCUUGCGACGAAUUGCUCAGUGCAAAGCCAAUCCUGAUGGAUGUGAGUGAAGGGAUCUAUAACAUUGUUAAUCAGGUGAAUGAAAACAUAUCAGUAGUACAAGUCUGCAAUCCAUUCUCAGGACCACCAGAGUAUCAAUACCAGGAAGAUAAUUGCCCUUCUAAUACAAUUCGAAUUGGGGACAUCCCAAAGAUACUGGAACCACUUACUUGUUCUGGUACCAACAAUGGAACAUGUAAUCCUGGAGAAUUCAUAUCAAUCAAUGACUUCAGGACAGUGGAGGACUACACAACUUCAGUUCAGAACUUAUUAAAUGCAUACCCAGGUAUGGAAAGCCUGGUAGAAUGCCAAACUGUGAAGAAUGCAUUUUCUGACAUCCUAAAAAACCAUUGCAAACCUUUGAAGAAAUAUGUCAGAAUAGUAUGGGUAUCAAAUCUGUUUCUGUCAUUAAGCAUGGUGUUUCUUGUUCUGAUAUGGACAGUUCAAGCUCUUCAUGAACAAGAACACCAUUCUUUAGAUAGUUCUGUUAAACCACAUUCUGCUGAAGUGAAAGAAGUGGAAUCUGGAGAAACAGAAGGAGCCAAAGAUUGCUCAAAUUAAGCUUUUUUCAGAUAGUGUAAUCUUCCUGGAAGAUUCAUUCACAAGCAGGAUGUUCAUCAGGAAUUGGUAAUAGGAUCAAGAAUUGAAGAUACAGAUUGUACAGGUAGAGAUUUUUAAAAGGAUGGAAGAAAUCAAGAAGAUAAUAGAGGGAAGGGAGGGGAGAAAUUUUGGGGAAGAUAAUUCUUUUUUACUGAAGGGAAUUACAGUUUUUUUAUUAUUUUUAUUUUUAUUUCUUUGAUUUGGUAUCAGAUCAAAGCCUGGGGACCAACCCCAUUGGAGAAUGUAAAUUAAAUUUAUAUAAACAGUUAUAUAAAGUCUAGCUCAGUUCCAUUUUUUCUCAA